AUGUGGAGCCAUAUCGUGUCGGAAAAGUUGCACAGAGUUUUCUACUUCUCUGACUAUGCCGAUAUUAGAAUCUACACCUACACCUCCGGUCAAGUGAUGUUCUUCGACAAUCGACCCACCCGAACCGGAUGGAGAAUUUUCGAAUCUGCAUUGUUUUACACGAUCAUCGGUGCCAGAAAAUUCGAUAUCAUAGGAAGCAGCCAUCAUUUUCUUCACAUUUUUGGCGCCCUCUCCACAGAAUACGCCUUCAAAAUUCUGCAAGUUGCCAUAGAAGGUCGUAAGGAUGCAAGAAAUUAA